UCGACGUAAUUGUGAGAGAAGACGAGAAAGUGGGGAUGGUGGAAGGAGAGAUGAUAAGAGAUGGGAAACGCGUCUCUCUAUGAGACCCAUAUUCCCCUUUCAUCUCUCUCUCUCUCUCUCUCUCUCUCUUUUUUCUCUCUUCAUCUCUCCUUUUAAUUCGAUCUGUAAACUCGCCGGAGGAGCAAGGGCAGAUUCAGAUUCAGAUUCAAUAAAAAGACGAUGGCGCAGAGGACGGAGAAGGAAGAGACGGAGUUCAAAGUACUCGAAACCUUGACGACUACAACGGCGGCGACGUUGUUAUGCACCAAUAACUGCGGCGUUACAGCUAAUCCUGCGACGAACAACAUGUGUCAGAAAUGUUUCAACGCUUCCCUUGUCUCGGCGGCCACAUCAGGUGUUGUUGUCGAUACCGGUUCGAUCUUGAAGAGAUCGGCUAGAUCCGUUAAUCUUCGGUCGUCGCCAGCUAAAGUGGUGAUUCGUCCGAGGGAGAUGGAUGCGGUGAAGAGAGAUCAACAGGUCGUUAACCGGUGUUCUGGUUGUCGGAAGAAGGUCGGGUUGACCGGGUUCAGGUGCCGAUGCGGCGAGCUUUUCUGCUCAGAACACCGUUACUCCGAUCGUCAUGAUUGUAGCUACGACUACAAAACAGCCGGACGCGAGGCGAUCGCUCGAGAAAACCCGGUGGUCAAGGCGGCUAAGAUGGUCAAAGUUUGAAAUUUUUUUAAAAAAUUCGAUCUCAAACCGUUGAAAAAACUUUGGUGGGUGGGUGGUGGUGGUGGUGGUUCAAAGCUCCGAUCUAUAUAACAAACGAUGGGAAAGAGAUGCUCGACAUCGGUUUGAUUGGUGCUGUGUUGUAAAACUGAAGAUGAGAGAGAGAGAUAGAGAGAUUCAUCCUCCUCUGCUCAAUCCAAAAUCUGAACCUCAUUUUUUUUUCUUUUUUCUUUUCUUCUUAAUUUGCUUAAUUAUUAUAUUAGUGAAUGAUGAUUAUUAUUAUUAUUAUGAUUGUUUGCUUUGUCUUUACGGAUUCAUGAAUUUGUGCUUCUUCUUCGGAUGUGAUCUUCCUUUGAUCAUCGAGAAAUGUGUAUUGUAGGAUUGAUUCAGUAGAAACGAAAGGGGCUGGUUUGGUAAUUUCGUAGGAACGUGUCUCUCUCUCUCUCUUUCUCUCUUUUCUCUCUCGUUUCGUUUCGUGUGGUUUAGCUGUACUUAUCAUCAACGAUAUUUUUUUUACUUA